GGGCGGGCGCGGGCGCGCGCGGCGGCGGCGGCGGCGGCGGCGGCGGCGCGUUCCGUUCCGGCGAGGCUCGCGGCGGAAAAGUUGCGGGGCGCGAGGAGCGGCCCCGGAACGGGCGGCCAGCGCGACGCCGAGCGGCCCCGCCAUGGACGACCUCGACGCCCUGCUGGCGGACUUGGAGUCCACCACCUCCCACAUCUCCAAGCGGCCCGUGUUCCUGUCGGAGGAGACCCCCUACUCCUACCCCACGGGGAACCACACGUACCAGGAGGUGGCCGUGCCCCCGCCCGUGCCCCCGCCCCCCUCCAGCGAGGCCCUCAAUGGCUCUGCCCUGGAGCCCCUAGACCAGUGGCAGCCCAGCGCCCCCCGCAUCACCCACCAGCAGCCUCAGCCCCCAUCCCCCGUCUACGGGUCCACGGCCAAAACCGCCGCUGCCUCCCUCCCCCAGGACGCCGGGGGCUCUCCGUGUUCCCGCGCCGGCGAGGAGGAGCACGUGUACAGCUUCCCCAACAAGCAGAAGUCAGCGGAGCCGUCCCCCACCGUGAUGAGUGGGUCCCUGGGCAGCAACCUGUCCGAGCUGGACCGGCUGCUGCUGGAGCUCAAUGCGGUGCAGCACAGCCCCCCAGAUGAGGCCAACGCCAGCCCCCCGCUGCCCGGGACCCUGAGCCCCCACUAUGGCAUCCUGGAGAACAGCAGCGCCCUGGCGGCCAAGGCGGGGCCCCUGCCCAAGGAGAAGCCCAAGCGCAACGGCGGCCGCGGGCUGGAGGCCGUGCGGCCCAGCGUGGAGAGUCUCCUGGACGAGCUGGAGAGCUCCGUGCCCAGUCCCGUCCCUGCCGUCACCGUGAACCAGGGCAGCCCGCAGCGAGCCGCCUCCAGCCAGCAGCAGACGCGCAUCUCGGCCUCCUCCGCCACCAGGGAGCUGGACGAGCUCAUGGCCUCCCUGUCAGACUUCAAGGUGGUCUUCCCGCCCGGCUCCCCUGUCCCCCUGAGAAGAGCCUCUGUCGCACCUUCUCCUCCUGUCCCUUCUUUGCUCCAGCUCUGCACAGACACCUCCGCCUCCGGCUCCUCUCCUCUGUCCAGCCCACGUGCCCCCGAGGCCACAGGGUCCUCCGCUCUCCCCCACGGUUCCCCCGGGGCCCAGAGUGCUGGGGCCGGGUCCCAGGGUGAGGCUGCACAGGACCCUUCCCCCGCUCCUGCGCCCCAGCCCGUGAGGUCCGUGGGCUGCCAGACGGAGGAGGACCCUCUCUUCCCCCCAAUGCAGAUCCAGGGCCUGGAGCCGGGAGCGGACGGAGCGCCGUGCCGGGCGGGCGGCUGGCCUCCGCGCGGGCAGGACGAGGGCGGGGUCAGUGCCGGGCCGAGGGUCCCGCGGGACACUGACCCCCGCGGCCGGCCAGCCCACCCCCUCCGCUCUCCGCGAACCUCUGCCCACCUGCCCCCAGCGGGCCUGCAGUUCAUGUCCCAGGGGAAGACGGGGAGCAGCUCUCCCCCCGGGGAGCCCCCGAAGCCCGGGAGCCAGCUGGACAGCAUGCUGGGGAGUCUGCAGUCGGACCUGAACAAGCUGGGGGUGGCCACCGUGGCCAAAGGCGUCUGUGGGGCCUGCAAGAAACCCAUCGCCGGGCAGGUAGUGACCGCCAUGGGGAAGACGUGGCACCCGGAGCACUUCGUCUGCACCCACUGCCAGGAGGAGAUCGGGUCGCGGAACUUCUUUGAGCGGGACGGGCAGCCCUACUGUGAAAAGGACUAUCACAACCUCUUCUCCCCGCGCUGCUACUACUGCAACGGCCCCAUCCUGGACAAAGUGGUGACCGCCUUGGACCGCACGUGGCACCCUGAGCACUUCUUCUGUGCCCAGUGUGGGGCCUUCUUCGGCCCGGAAGGCUUCCAUGAGAAGGACGGCAAGGCCUACUGCCGGAAGGACUACUUCGACAUGUUCGCCCCCAAGUGUGGCGGCUGCGCCCGGGCCAUCCUGGAGAACUACAUCUCGGCCCUCAACACGCUUUGGCACCCCGAGUGCUUCGUGUGCCGGGAGUGCUUCACGCCGUUCAUCAAUGGCAGCUUCUUCGAGCACGAUGGGCAGCCCUACUGCGAGGUGCAUUACCACGAGCGGCGCGGCUCGCUCUGCUCUGGCUGCCAGAAGCCCAUCACGGGCCGCUGCAUCACCGCCAUGGCCAAGAAGUUCCACCCCGAGCACUUCGUCUGCGCCUUCUGCCUCAAGCAGCUGAACAAGGGCACCUUCAAGGAGCAGAACGACAAGCCCUACUGCCAGAACUGCUUCGUCAAGCUCUUCUGCUAGGCGCCUGCCGCCCGCCUCCCCCAGCCCCCUCCCCCGCCGCCGCGGCCACUUGGACCCAGAGGGCCUCCCAUCCGGCGGGAGGGGCCGCCCCACUCAAACUGGAACCCACGAUCUUGGCUGGUGCAGGGGGGCGGGGGGCGUGAGGGGGUCCCCCUGCUUUGCUUCGCCCCAGGCCGCCUUCCUCCCGCGGCCCCCUCCCCCCAGGAUGCCGCUCUUGGACCUCCCGGAGGCCGCCGUCCCACGUGUGUGCGCCCCCCGCCCCCGAACCUGCCUGGCCAGGCCAGCACCCACACUGGAGCCAUCUCACGCGUGUUGGCAGCGGGGUGGGGGCAGACGGGGUCUCCUCACUCUUCCUUCCACCCCCCUCCCCCCGCUCACCGUCCUUGUUUCUGAGAGCGUUGGGGGACAGCGGGCUCCCUCGUCAAUGCCAGCAUCUGUCCACUCCCCCAAGAGCCCAGGGUCCCACAGAAGGCGCCCGUUUUCCUCCUGACCUUCAGCCGCCCCUGGCCCCAGCUAGCAUCGUGCUGUGCUGCCUCCCGUCACUCCUCUGGUUCUACUGAGAGAACCCUCUCGAGCAAUAAUGUUUUCUAGCCGACUUCCAUCUCCCUGGGCCCCCGGGCCGGGUCACUGUGCCAACUUUCAUACGCUGAGCUUUGAAUUCAGACCGGCCGAGUGGGCCUUAACUUCUCUAUGCGAUGCUGUGGGAGAGAUUUUAAACACGUUCCCCUUUUGUACUCCCCUCCUCUCUGGCCGGGCCAGUGUUGGCGGUUGGCCUGGGACCCAGGGAUCGGUGGCCAGAAGACGAUUUGUAUUUUUUUUCUUAGCACAAGUAAGGUGAUGGGGGGGCGGGGCACAGCCCUGGGACCCCCGCCCCGGCCUUCCGCGUCACAGCUCCCCGGGACCCUCUUGUAAACUGCUGUAUUUGGAACCCCUUCCUUCUUUCCCAGGCCCACACAGCCUGGCCUCGGGGGUCCUGCCCAGUGGGGGCCUGGAACCCCGCACCUCACGGUCCUGUUCUUGAAGGAAACUUGAAGGGGAAAGUACACUUCCGGGGCGCCGUUUCCUGCCCUCAGCCGUUAGGAGCGUCCGCUCCCCCCACGAACCCUUCUGGCAACCAGGAGCACCUUCUCAGCCACUCUCCACCUCCGGGGCUCUCCCCUGCGGCCUUCUCAGGAAAGCUGGGAUCUGACUUCGACCUUUGGUCUUGCUGAUCCCGCUGGGCGUAUCACCGCCCCAUGUUCCCCCGCCCCCCCAACUUCUCUCCUCCUCCCCACCCCCAGACAGACUGUCCUUUUCACCUUUGGGACUGAGGUCUGGGGGAGGGGGCUUAGCUUGUGACGAAAGGGCUGAUAGGAUUUGGGGCAGGGGGACGGGACCCUGGAGAAGCACCAAGAAGCAUCGAGAACCCCACCCCUACCCCCGGCUCUCUCCCCCAGAGCUGGGACAGGAGCGGGCAGGCCUGGGGUUCCUCAGAGCCGGAAAGGCCACCCCCUGGGGGUGAAAGCAAGGACUAUGCGGACCCCCCCCCACGGGGGCCUGCUGGCAGGGGCUCCUUGAGGGGCCAGACGCGCCCCCCCCAAAUCUCACCUCCACCCAUAGGCCUUACUGCUCUGUUUACAUGACCCAGCGGGUCCCAGCCCCAGGAGCUUUGGGGUUUCUGGGUGUCCGUCCUCUGGGUUGAUGAUUAUUUGAUGAUUUGAUCUUUGAUUUCUUUUUCUUCUCCUGUAAACUUCUAACCUGGCUUCUCCUCAUUUCAAUUUCUGUGAUUUAUGCCAAUAAAGUUUGCCAUUAUUUUCA